AUCAUCUUCACAUUCUUCAGCGCCGCCUUUGUGUGUACACGGUUAUGGAGUUGAUUCGUCAUCAAUAUGGGAGCCGACGGGUGGGAUGACUACCUAAUAUGUGGUCCACUGGUAUGAAGAAGCUACUCUGACGCUGCUCAUUUCAAUAUUUUGUCGACAGUUCCUUCCAGUCAACAAGCCUCGUCCGGUUGUACGUCACAAUAUACAUGACCUCACACGGCUAUGGUGUAUCGAUAUACAAGCUGGAACACCCAGAGGUGGUGCAGGCCCUAAAGUUCUCCAACUUUGCGGUCCUCAUCAACGGCUUCGCCAUGCGCUUCCUCAAGGUCAGCAUUGGGGCAUCUGUGCUUGCGAUUGGGGCUCGGCAAGGACAUGGUGCCAAGUGUAUGGGUCUCGAUGGCCAUAUUCGUGCUGUGUAAUGGGCGUGGCAUUAUCGGUAGUGUGUUGGGCUGAAGAACCCUGGAGGCCGUGUAGGAUAAGUCUAAUAAGGGCGCCUCUUGCCUUCCGUCGAUGGUUCAUUUCUGGUUGCCGGCAAUAUCAUAACCGACAUCUUCUCCAUUGGUCCCCUCUUAUAUCUUUCCAAAGUCAAAGCAUCAGUCUACAAUCGGUAGGCACUUCGCGGUUUCUUCGUCAUUGGUCCAUCAGCCACGGCUUGCGCUAUCGCCAAGUGCUGGGAGCUGCCGAAGCUCGGCCAGACCACAGAUUCAACUUACGAUGGCGUCCUUACCACCAUCUGGGCCCGAGCCGAGCUCAACGCCGGUCUUGUUGCCACCUCAGUCCCCCCACUCAAGUCCCUCUCCGCAAGCCUCCUCAAGGGCAUCUUCGGCGCACGGAUCAGCCUCUCCUCCUCUGGCACCUGCGGCUACGGCUUAGCGUCGUUCAAGCAAUCACACCCUGAACGGCAACGACAACGAAGAUGUUGAAAGAAGGGCGGGCAAUGGUAAUAGUCGCGCGACGUUCGUGGUUGGCCAUCCACCCAAGUGGCAUGGAACGGGAGAUGAGGAGGACUAGUAAGAUAUAUUGGAUUCGCACGUGCGGAUUAUAUACUAGACGAAUGGGAGCGGGAGUGAUAUUAGUGAAGAGGUGGGGGCUGAGGGGUGGAUUAAGAAGACGGCGGAGUACAAUGUGAGUGAGAUGCGAGGUCGAUGAGGAGAGAUGGUGAAGAUACCCCUGGGACGAGAGAGGAUGAUCGUUGUUGGCGAGUGUGGGGGGAAUGUGGUACGGAUUUGGCCUUUUCACAUCUUUGAGCGUCGAUUAGAAAUACUACAGGCAUGGUUGUGAUUCCACCAAAGAUGAGUUAAAAGUUUCAAAAUAACAACG